AAUUUGGAAUUCGCCAUGAAUACGACUAGAUCAGCAGCAGCUGCUGUAGCGCACGCGUCACGGUCUCGUCGACGACGGCGAUGACGAUGAUAAUAGAUGAUGAUAAUAAUAAUAAUAAUAAUAAUAUUGUACAUAUUUUGAUUUCGCCGCGGCGACGACGACGAAUAGUGCGUGUAUGCGCUCCGAGUCUGGCAGACGGCCCAUCCGUCCAUCGUUAGAGGCCAACAGCUGUUCGCCGACGACUCCGGUGUAAGUACGACGCUCGUCAGGAGCAUUCGUCCAAUACUUCAAUCCGAUACCACCGCCGCUGGAACGCAGGAAAAGCUCCACGGAAAACGACAACAUGAGUGUUGAAAACCUGAACAACCAUCGGCCCUCGUCCGACCACUCAGUUUUAGGUUCUUCAAGCAAAAAUAAAAGAUCAAUACUCUAUGAAAAAACAUUUGUUAUUGAUAUUGCUAACAAUAUAGUAAGCUCAAAAGUGGAAAAGCUCAUAAAUGCAUAUGGAGGAAAAAUAACUCAAUCAUUAGAAAAGAGUACCAAUUAUUUAAUAUCAGAUAUGAUACAAAAUGAAGGGGUUAAGUAUAAUAGCAGUUCAGAAACUAAUAAUAGUAGAAGAGAUAUUGAAGUAAAAAAUGGACCAUCUUCUAAACGUAAAAAUUCGGUUGAUCUCAUUAAUAAGGCUAAUAUUUUAAAUAUAAAAAUUUUGUCUGCUAAAAAGUUUCAACACUGGCUCAAAUCUUUAUUGAAAAAACGCCGUACUAACAAAAAACCUACAGAUCAAGUUGCAAGUGUUCUAAAAGGAAAAGUUAGUUUAAAAAUAGAAUCAAUGGAUCAAGGACAACGUCCUGUGUUUGAAUUUAUACCUAAGUGGCCAGAUUUAGGUGAUGCAUUAUGUAAAAAGAAAACAAAACAUUCAGCUGAACAUAAAUAUAAUGGUGAUAAAAGUGAUGAUGAUUACUCUUCAGAUCAAUACAGUACCUCAGAAAUUGGUGGAAUGUGUGAAUUAUGUGACAUGCCAUUUAUGAAUUACAAGGAACAUAUAAAUACAAAAAAACAUAUGAGAGAAAGUCAAGAUGAACACAGAUUUCAUGAAUUAGACGAAUUAAUUAAUGAGAGGCCUUUAAAUGUUAUUUUUAACCAAUUUAUACCCAAUAAGUCUGAAAAGAAAAUUAACAGAGAUCAAAAUUUAGCUCAGAAAACACCUAAUCUUAAAAACUGCUUAGAUAACACAGUUAUCACAAUAAUUGAUUCCGAUUCAGACGAUGCUGAACAAAAAGAUGUGCAUUGUUCGUUAGAUGAUAAAACUUCUAGUCCUUUUAAAGAACAAGCAUCAAAAAGCUUAAAAAGGAAAUACCAAUUUUCUGACUCGGAUAUUUCUUUUGUACCUCAGAAGAGACCUAGUAAAUUACAUUCACCAAUACAUGAUGAAAUUAAUUUUUAUAAAAAAACCAAGCGGAAACACAAAACGCAUCAAAAGUCAUCAUCUAAGGAUAUAUAUAAAGUGGAAGUUGUAAAUAAUCAUCCAUCAAAAUCAAAUAAUCCAAAUAACAAUAGAAUUGAGUCUGAUCAACCACCAGUUAUAAUACGCUUAAAAAGAGUACAAAAUUCUAAAAAUAAAUAUUCUUCAAGUGAUGUUGAAAGUCAUUUAUCUAUCUCAUCAUCAGAUAAUGAUGAUAAAAUCCCAGAGGAUCCUAUACCAGUUCAUAGGUAUAUACGUGUAGUUAGAAAACCAAGUUUCAGUAACGGAACUGAAGUUCUGCCUUCAAAAGGCUACACAAAAAAUCAAAUGUUUACAUUUGAACAUCCAGAGUUGCGUCAUAAUAUCUAUAAAAAUGUUUCUUACUAUCCUACUUAUAAUUGUAUCCCUGACACCAAGUCUAGUAUUGAAUACAUUCAAGAUAAGAUAGCAAAUUUAAAUCCUAAUUUAAAGUGUACAUUAUCAUUUAAAGAGUCUUUAAAAGUUAUGUCUAAAAUGGAACCUCAACAAAUCGGAGAAUGGUUUUAUAAUGUUCCCAAAAAAAUUCAAGAUAACUUAUCAUUCAAUUCUUCUACAUUAGUCCCGCUUACUGAUUUGUCAAAAAUAAAAUCUUUUGUAGUCCCAAAAAAAAAAGUAAACAGAAGUUCAACAUCCUCCAGUUCUAUUGAAAUAUUAUAAUUUUAGUUAAUUAUGUUCCAAAUGGUUUUGUGUCCUAUCUGAGAUCUCUUAAUAUUAUUAUAUUUAGGGAUUAAUUUUAAUUGUUACAUAAAAUUAUUUUUUUAAUUUGAUGUUAAAGAUGACCCGCCUCCCUACUUAUAGGUAAAAAAACAUUUAUUUUAUAUCUAUUCAAAGUUAUAUCCAAAGAUGUUAAUUUUUAUUUAGUUAAUUUAUACCAAA